AUGCUAAAAGAGAAGAGAAGCAUAAGCACCCAAAUUUCACACAUCAAAUUCGAAUACAUUACUAAAACCAGCAAUGGUUUACGCUCUGUUCACAUCUCUAGCUCAAUCUUCAUUUUCAAGUUUCUCAGACUCACCCAAGCUAAGUUCCUCCAAAUACCAAAGCCAUGGCCUUUUUGUCAACGCCCACAAAGCUUUAACGCCAAAUUUUCUCCACGCCAAUCAACCCAGCUUACAAGGCUCAGAAAUGUCAGAAGGUCGCCUUACAUUUGCUUUUUCAAUGGCGGAGGAACUCCCAAAGGCGAUUUACAAGAAAAGGAAACUGGAAAGCAGUGGCAGAUUUUGAAGCGAUGGGAGGUGCCCUGGGAAUGGCAAACAGUCUCCUUAACAUCACUUGCUUGUGGACUGAGUUUUGUUUUGACAGGAUUGGUAGAGACAGCGGCUAUACCGUAUUUAGGACUUCGAGUUCAAGAUUUGAGUAUAGAUGAAAAGGCAGAGAUACUGUUCCUUGAUCAAAGUAUUACAACUGCAGCUGUACUUGCAGUUCUGUAUACUGUUGCCAGCACUUUCCAACCGCUGCCUCAAGACGUUUAUCGCUAUGAUUUGAAGGACCCUUUUAGUCUACAGAAGGGGUGGCUUUUGUGGGCAGGGAUUGGUCUUGCUGGUGCAAUAGCUGCCAUCUCAGUGACAGGGGCUGCCGCGUCCUUGUUCAGAGGGGAGAGCCCAGAGAGAGAGAAGGACGCUUUAGUUAGCUUGCUUCCACUGAUUGGAUCUUCAAGUGUCAGCACUGCUUGCUUGCUAGGCAUCACUGGAGUUUUGGCUCCAAUUCUUGAGGAAACUGUAUUUCGGGGUUUUUUUAUGGUCUCCAUGACGAAGUGGGUACCUACACCAGUUGCUAUUGGAAUAAGUGCAGCUGUAUUUGCACUUGCACAUCUCACUCCUGGAGAGUUUCCACAGCUGUUUGUGCUAGGCUCUGCUCUGGGAUUGUCAUAUGCUCAAACUCGCAACCUUUUAACCCCCAUCACAAUACAUGCUCUCUGGAACUCAGGAGUGAUAUUGCUUUUGACCUUCCUUCAGCUACAAGGGUACGAUAUCAAGGAAUUGCUGCAGACAACUUGA